AAAUAAAGAGGGAGAAAUAAAUUGGAUCAAUGGGCUAGAAAAGAGGAUACACAAUGUUAUUAAUUAUUUAACAUUAAAAAAUAAAGAUAAAAAAUUUAUAAAUAUAAACAGUAAGACAGAGAUAAAAAAAACAAGUACAAAGUGAGUAUAAGUACUAAGUAGUAAUACAUACACUCAAGUGACAGGAGAAAAAGAUAUAAAAAAAAAAAAAAUACAGUCGAUGAGGAGCAAGUAUCAAAAUAUUGUAACAAAAAUAAAAAUUCUGGAUUAUGGAUUUUGAAAGUCCAGAUGUUGAAAAAGAAUUUCCUGGUUUAUAUGCAUCAGAAUCAGCUCGAAAAAGCAAUGAAAGUGACUUUAGUGAUGAUGGUGGACAUGAUAAACACUCAAAAAAAGAUUUACUUGGUAAAAAAAAGGAUAAAAAAGAUAAAAAAGACAGAGGAUAUGCAACCCUAGAAGGUGAAAGUUCACCUGAUGAAGAUCAAGAAACAAAAAGUCCAUCAAAAUUAAAAAAAACAAUAGCAUUUAAAUUUCCAUCUAAAAAACGUGAAAAAUCACGUGAAAAAGACAGCAAAGAAAAAGAUAAAGAGGACAAAGAUAAGGAAAAAAAAAAACGUGAUAAAGAUGAAAAAGAUAUGAAGGAUAAAUUAAAGCAUAAAUUAAAAGAUAGAAAAAAGGGGAAACAUGGUCUAGAAGAUAGUCUAGACAUAAGUGAAGUACAACCAAUAUUUGGUGUUAGUCUACAACAAGCAGUUGAACACAGUAGAUGUCAUGAUGGUGUUGAAUUACCACUUGUUGUACGUGAUUGUAUUGAUUAUCUUGAAGAAAAUGGUAUGACAAGUGAAAAUUUAUAUAAAGUACCAGGUGUUAAAUCAAAAAUACAAAAUUUAAAAAAAUUAUACAAUCAACGUGAACCAGUUAAACAUACUGAAUUUGAACCAACAACAGCAACAAGUUUAUUAAUAUUAUUUUUUCGUGAAUUACCAGAGCCAAUAUUAAAAAAUAGUGAUACAAUAACAAAAUUUGAACAAGCAGCAUCAACAAAAGAUUUAUCACAACGUGAACAACAAUUACAAAUACUUGUUAAUCAAUUACCUGAAUGUAAUAGAAUAUUAUUAGGAUGGUUUACUUUGCAUCUUGAUAAUAUAACAAUACGUGAAAAAACAACUAAAAUUGAUGCACAAACAAUUGCAAUGACACUUAGUCCAGUAUUACAAAUGAGUCAUAGAUUAUUACUUGCAUUAUUAUUUCAUUGUAAAUCAUUAUUUUCUGAUAUUAAAAUUGUUAAAUAUAUUCCACCAUUAGCAUCAGGUAGUACUAAUUUACCUGACAACAUUCAUGAUAUAUCUGUUGAAUUAGCUAAACAAGAAUCAUUGUUAUCAGAAAUUCAUAUGUUGAUGAAUGCUGGUUUUGUAACAAAAUCAAGAGAAGAACAAUUAUGGGAAGUACAAAGGCUUAUAACACAAUUAAAAAGAAAAUAUAAAAGUGUACAAAAAAAAGAAGGACAAUUGAUACAAAAAAGUUUAGAUGAAGAAAUUAAAUCAUCUGAUGAAAAUCAAAUUGAUUCAUAUAAAGAUUAUCAAGACGAAUCAAGGCAUUCAUCAUUGUCUGUUGGUAAAAAUGAAUUUAUUAAAAGUCCAAUUGAUAAUUUAAAAUUAAAUAAUAAUAAUAAUAAUAAUAAUAAUAAUAAUGAUGUUGUUGGUGUUGCUGGACAAAGUAAAGAUGUUGUUGAUGCAACAAAUGUUUUAAUUGUUGAUGAUAAAAAUUUAGAUAAUGUUAAAGAUAUUAAUAAUGAUAAUGAUGGUGAUGAUGAUGAUGAUGAUAAAGUUAAUGAUAAAAUUGGAAAUGUUGUUAAUGAUGUUAAUGAUGAUUCAGUUGAAUUAAUAAAAGAGAGUUUAAUACAUGAAGAAUUAUUAAAUAUGGAAAGUAUGCUGAGGACAAAAAUAAUACAAGAAAAAAAUGAAAUAAAAAAACUUGUUGAUAAAAUAAAUAAAGUGGGACCUGAUAUUUCAAAACCAAUUGAAAGACUUCAUUCACCAAAUGAAGCUGAAAUAACAGCAAUGAUACAAUUGGCCAAAGAAAAUCAGCUUCUUGAGAAAAAAAUGAUGACUUUAAUUAGAAGUAUAAUGGAAGAACGAGAUGCUUGUGUUGAACUUCGAGUUGAAUUAACAAUGCAUCAAAUGAUGUCUUCACAAAAUAACGUUGAUCUUACUGGAAAUUUGUAUUAAUUAUUUUAUCAACUUAUUAUAUCAUCAUCAGUGAUUUGAAAUAAUGACUAUUAACAAAAAAAAAAAAUUAAAGAAAAUAUAUAUUAUAUAAAAACAGUUAUUAUCCAUGAUUGUUCAAACAAAAAAAAGAAAAUUUAAAUCAAUUUUAAAAUCGAAAUAUUUCUCUAUUGAUUGUUUAAUUAAUUCCUGUAAAUUAUUUAUUAUCAAUUGAGUUUUAUUAAUUCGUGUAUUAUAAAAUAGUGAUGAAAAAAUAACAUAUUUAAAAAAAUAAAUUAUAUACCAUAGAAUGGUGUGAUAUCAACUUUAACUUUUUGUAAAAAAAAAAAAACUAAAACCAAUAAAAAAAAAAAAAAUAAUAAA